CGGUUAUCUUGUAUUGUGACGUCAUAAAUGCUGCAGAGUUCUCACCCUGCUAUAAUUUAUUUCAGUUAAGCUUGACGGAAUCACAUCUGGCAGCAGAUAAACAGGACAACAUGUAUUUCUGAGACACUUUUUUACUUCUGCCUCGUCUGACAGGAGAGUUUUUCUGAGUACUGAUAGCAGUGGAGUUACCAAACUGCAGAAGACAGCAGCUGCACAUCUGGGUCAAAGUUCAGCAGCCACAUCAGAUUGGUUUAACAAAGAAAAACCAACACCAACUACCCCCUGGAAUCUGCUUAAGGACCCCUGAAAAGAUGGAGUCUGUUAAAGAGGAGAGUGAAGAUGUCUGUAUUUCAGAACUAUUUAGACUGAAAAAUCAAGAUACUGACGAACAAAGAGAUCUGAUGGAAGUGAAAGAGGAAAGUCAAGAACUGAAUGAAGUGGAGGAGAAACAUCAGUAUCACAAAUCUGAUGAUGUCAUAACUGGAGAAAAAUCUUUUGGUUGCUCACAGACUGAAAAGAAAUUUUCACAAAAAAGAACUCAAAGAAAAAUAGCCAAAAAUUCUUUCAUCUGCCCUCAGUGUGGAAAGAGUUUCACACAUAAAGGAACCUUUAAUAUCCACUUAAGAAUUCACACUGGAGAGAAACCUUUCACAUGCCCUCAGUGUGGAAAGAGUUUCAGAGAGAAAGCAAAUCUUCAGGAACACAUGAGAAUUCACACUGGAGAAAAGCCUUUCACAUGCCUUCAGUGUGGAAAAAGUUUCAGACACAGAGCAAGUUUUAAGGCGCACAUGAGAACUCACACUGGAGGGAAACAUUUCACAUGCCUUCAGUGUGGAAAGAGGUUUAGAAAUCCAAGUGGCUUAAGUAGGCAUAUACAUAUUCACUCUGAAAAUCAAUUACACCACUGUUCUCAUUGUGGCAAGAGUUUCACACAGUCAAGUCGUCUCAGGCUUCAUCUGCGCUAUCACUCUAAAGAAAAACCAUUUAACUGUGAUCAGUGCGGUCAAAAAUUUAUUUUUGCAUCAGUGCUAAAAAGACACUUGAAACUUCAUGAGACUAAUGAGAAGCCUUACAUAUGCACUGUUUGUGGAAAGAGUUUUUCACAACUGGCUUAUAUGAAAGGGCAUGAGAAAACACAUUUGGGUGUAAAACCUCAUGUAUGCUCAGUGUGUGGUAGAGCUUUUAACAGAGCGGAUUACUUGAAUGUGCACCAAAGAAUUCAUACUGGAGAAAAACCUCACAAGUGCUCAUUUUGUGAAAAGAGUUUUAGACGGCCCCAAGAGUGGAAAAAACAUGAAAAAAUGCAUAAUAGGAGGAGUCUUACCUCAUACCACUGAAAUAAAAAAAUAAGAAAUUAUUUUGAUUAUACCAAUAGAUGAAAUUACUGUGACGUCACACAGAAGGCUACCACAAUUCCAGGUUUUUUUGAGCUGCAGCAUUCUGUAGAGACAGCUUUGAGUAGCGUUAUAGUGUCAGUUGAUGAAUUCUGAGAAUACAAAAGUACUACAGCAGCAUUUGAUAUAAAGUAUGUUAUUGCCCCACUGCCCAAUGCUUGCAGUUUCUGCUUUGUUAUCUCUAAAUCAAGUUAUUAACCGCAGUUAUUACUGAUUUGAGUUGGCAAACGUUAAACAUGAUUUUUUAUUAAUUAACCCCCUUACACUUUUCUCGGUGCAUCGAUUACUAAUCAUGCAAAUUUAUACUCGAAACAUUCACUGAAAGGAUAGUUUACCCAAAAAUGGAAAUUCCCAUCAUUUACUCACCCUGCAAGAUGUGUAUGUCUUCCUUUCUUCUGCAGAACACAAAGAGUUUUAGAAAAAUAUUUUAGCACUGUAGGUCCAUACAAUGCAAGUUAAUGGUGGCCAGCAUUUUGAAGGCCAAAAAAGGACAUAAAGGAAACAUAAAAGUAAUCCAUAAGACUCCAGUGGUAUAAUCCAUGUCUUCAGAAGCGAUGUGAUAGGUGUGGAUGAGAAUCAGAUCAAUAUUUAAGUCCUUUUUUACUUUAUAAAUCUACUUUCACUUCCACAUUUUUCUUCUGUUUUUUGCUGGUUCGUAUUAUUCGUGCAUAUCGACACCUACUGGGCUGUUAUGAAAAAUAUGAUGUAUUCAGUCUUUUCCCUUGCUUUAUCCCUCCCUUUUUUCUUCUUCCUACUCAGUAGGUGGCGAUAUGCACAAACAGUAUAAAUUGGUAAAAAAAAAAUGUAAGAAGAAUUCUCUUGAUGUGCAUAGGAGGGCUAUGUGAAAGUAGAUUUAAUGUAAAAAAGGACUUAAGUAUUUAUCUGUUUGUCACCCACACCUAUUAUAUCGAUACUGAAGACAUGGAUUUAACCACUGGAGUCUUACGGAUUACAUUUAUGCUGACUUUAUAUAGUUUUUGGACCUUCUAAGUUCUUGUCACCAUUCACUUGCAUUGUGAGGACCAACAGAGCUGAAAUAUUCUACAACAAAUCUUCAUUUGAGUUCUGCAAAAGAAAGAAAGUCAUACACAUCUGUGAUGGCAUUAGUGUGAGUAUAUGAUGAGAGAAUUUUCAUUCUGGGGUUAACUAUAACUUUAAAUGAAUAUGUUGUUGCUGUUUAAUGACAGUAAACUGUGUUAAUAUUUAAAUAUAUAACUAAGUGAGCACAAGGAGAGAGUAAUUGUUCACUAAUUUGUAGAGUGAUCCAUUUGAUCACAGAACUCAUCACAAUAAAGACAGUUACAUCUAUCAUAUUGUUUGUUUGUCUUUC